CGUGGUAAAAUUUUAGCUCCUUUUUCCCGAGAGAGACCAGAAAAAAAUCAAAAGAAAGAGAAUUUGUCUGGUUUUUUUCUGGGAAAUAGUUGUCUUUAUCUAUCACAUUUAUCUUUUCCAUUAUUUUAGAUUUUUUAGAUUUUCUUUAUCCAUUUUUUUCCUUUUUUGCUUUGUGGGGUUGAAGCUGACGAGGGCAUUUCUCAUUGUUAUGCGCUGACUUUGUUUCUUCUUCCCCUUCCCCCAAUCUCCUCGUGGUUUCUAUUUCUGUGUCUCUGUUGUUAUGUGCUUUGGGUUUUCAAGGUUUUAUUCAAUGCAAGAUCUUGAUUGCCAUUUGUGACUGCUUUUGAGUUCUGAGAUUAGUGAUUAAGGAAGAUGAAUUGCUUUCAAUGUUGUAUGUCAGAGGAGAAAGUCAAUAAAAAGUCUUUGAAAAAGAGCAUUAAGGAGUUUCAUGAGACAAAAACUUUAGCCUCAUUUGCCAAUAUUUCCUUUAAAUCUGAUGCUAGUCGGCGAAGGUACAUAACUGAGGAGAUAAAAAAGUUAGGAAAAGGAAACAUCUCCGCUCAAAUUUUUACAUUUGGUGAGCUAUCAACUGCUACAAAUAAUUUCGACCACGAAAAUCUAUUGGGGGAAGGUGGUUUUGGAAGGGUUUACAAAGGCAUCAUUGAAAGCACAAAACAAGUAACGGCCGUGAAGCAACUUGAUCGAAAUGGAUUUCAAGGAAACAAAGAAUUCCUUGUAGAGGUUUUGAUGUUGAGCCUUCUUCACCAUCCCAAUCUUGUAAAUUUGGUUGGUUAUUGUGCUGACGGGGAUCAGAGGAUUUUGGUUUAUGAGUACAUGGCUAAAGGUUCCUUGGAGGAUCAUCUUCUUGAUAUAGCAUCAGAUAAGCCACCUCUGGACUGGAAGACAAGGAUGAAAAUUGCUGAAGGAGCGGCAAAAGGACUUGAAUACUUACAUGAAACCGCUAACCCUCCCGUAAUAUAUCGUGAUUUCAAAGCUUCGAACAUAUUGCUGGAUGAGGAAUUCAACCCAAAGCUCUCUGAUUUUGGUCUUGCAAAGUUAGGUCCUACUGGGGACAAAUCUCAUGUUUCCACUAGGGUGAUGGGAACCUAUGGUUACUGUGCUCCUGAAUACGCGCUGACAGGACAACUGACGACGAAAUCAGAUGUCUACAGUUUUGGUGUCGUGUUCCUGGAGAUCAUAACUGGAAGAAGGGUUAUAGACAAUGCAAGACCAACAGCAGAACAAAAUUUAAUUACUUGGGCACAACCACUUUUCAAAGACAGAAGGAAAUUUACCCUAAUGGCAGAUCCAAAGCUAGAAGGGGAUUAUCCAGUGAAGGCUCUAUAUCAAGCUUUGGCAGUGGCAGCCAUGUGUUUACAAGAGGAAGCAAAUACUCGACCAUUGAUCAGCGAUGUGGUUACAGCUCUUGAAUAUUUAGCCGCAAACAAGGAUGUUGAUGCAGAUGUAGAUGAUGAAUCAGAUUCAGGUUCGGUAUCAGGAUCAGGAUCAGGUUCAGGAUCAGGUUCAGCUUCUCCUGAUAGAAGUAGUAACAAAGGAGAUAAAGAUGUUGAUGUUGAGGGUGAUGGGAGAUGAUUUAAAAUUGGACUAAACAAAUAAUAAAGAAAAGAUAUUACGGGAUCUCUGCCUAUUGUGUGACUGGGGCAGUUUGUUCCCCAUUCCCUUCAUUCUUUGUAAUAUUUUUCAAUAUGACAAGGCCAUUUUAAGGAUA